UGAAUGCACGCAUUUGUAUUGUACAGUACAGUACAUAUGUGCUGAUAUGUACGUGUGUACGUAAUGUACAUACAUAUGAACGCAAUUUAAAAAUAACAAGUUAUUAUCCCGUUGACUAAUUCUGUAUUGGGUCCAUAGCGCCGUUGAUAUUGUUCAUAAAUUUUCAAGGUACCAGAUUAACAGAAAUAAAUGAUAACUGCGUAAGUGCAAAGAACUCGAUGUUCAAGAGUUUCUAACCUGUACAUUCCCACUGGAUAUUACGCGCCGGUUAUUCACAAUUAGCGAUUAUAUUAAUAUAUAGCAAUCUAUCUCGGAUAACAUAUUCCAAAUACGUUCGCGUGUCUACGAAAAAUUUACAAAUUUACAAAAGAAUAAUUACUGUUGCGACGCAGUAACAGCUUUCGUUAUCGGUAGAAUGAACGGGACUCUAAAGGGAUUUCUGCGCGUGUGUCCACCAGCACGCACGUGGACAGUCCUAUCGAAUUACAUAGGUGCUAUACCAUUGCACGCGAUACAGAAGGUCGCGCGCGUUUACAGUACCAGUUUGACAGAUCAUACACAGCUAGAAGAUUGUAUAUCACCGAUAGAAAAGAACUAUGUAUCCACCGAUAUUAAGACAGCGUGCAAAUCUAUGGAAAUAUUAGAGAAGGCAGCGAGAAAUUAUACAAAUAUGACCGUACACGACGCUAUCGACACAAUAUUUGUAUUAUUUAAAGCUUCUAAACAUAUGGGGGAAGAUCUGCAAAGUAUCAAGCAGCAUAUAGGCUUUAUACGUUUGUGGGAAGUGUUAAAUAGAAAUGUUAGAUUUAUGAAAACAAAUGAAAUUAUUAGCAGUCUCAGAAUGUUGACGUAUUUCAAGAUUCCAGCCAACUGCAUUCUAACUCAGUCAUUAUUGCAAAUGAUUCGCGCAAACGUAAAUGACGCCGCUCUUCAGGAUAUAAUCAAUAUAAUUAUAUUAUUGAAGAAAAUGGAUAGUACACCAUUGAGAGACGCUCUGUUGAUAGCUCUACCUGUUGUAUUUGAGGCACAGCUACCUACGAAAUUGGAUCCAGAUGACAUUUUUAUGCUGACACAGUCGUUGAGACUUAUCAGUGAAAACAAUAUCACGAAUCCAGAAGUACAAAAUACGAUACUCAAGUCGUUACAGAAAUUUGAAAAUAAUCUCGACGUACAAACGGCUUGGUCUAUCUUUUGUAGCUUGUGCGUUGCCUCUUAUCUGUCUCCGCGAGCUUUUGAAUUGCUGUUCAAUAUUCAAAAGAUUUUAAUAAGUGACGCGAAACGAUUAAGUGUUCCAGAAAUAAUGAAGGCGCUCCACAAACUAGUGCUCGUCACUGCAAAGAACAAAGAAUAUGGAUGCAAGUUCUACAAUGAGGCACUGGUGGAUGCUUUUGUCAGUUCAGCAUUAUCCGCAGAGAUUUUUUUUGACAAUAGCAUCAAUCUGCUGAAACUUUUGAAUGAGCUGAAUUACGCGCACAUACCUUUCCUGGAAUAUUUAGCAGCGAAAUGCUUCGAGCAGCCGAAUUUGCUAAAAAACGCAUCAUAUUUUAGAGUAUCUAUUUUCUUAGAAGGAUUAAUCAAUGCCGAUUACAAACCAGUAUUUUGGGACAUUAUACGAGAUGCGAUACUGGCGAAUAAAGUGGAGAACAAAGUCUUCAACAGAUCUAUGAUUAAAUUUGCUCUGCAUUUGAUAGCGUUAGAUUGUUAUAGCCCAAGUUUAAUCAGCAAAGUUUUUUCCCAGAUUAUAAAGGCUAAUGAAUCAGUGAGGAAUAUUCAUAUGAGGGAGUUGUUACUUUUAUAUCAAAGUGUUAAGACGCUGUAUCCUAUGUAUAAUGGACCGUGGCCGUCGCAAGAUAUACUUGAACAUGCUAUAAGCAUACACAAAACGUUGCUCAGUCCAAUACUUCCCACAUUUUCCUUAAAGACGGCAUUGGAACUAGCAUUGGGUGGCCCUCAGUAUGUUCACAAUGACUUGAGGACAAAACUUGGACAUUACAUUGAUCACGUUGUUGUAAUGAGGAAAGGUGGAUACCCGAUUGCAAUCAAUACAGUUACAUCUAAUGGAACUAACGUAACAUACGUUGAGGAUAUACAAACUCCAAACGAAAGUCAAAUGAUACUCAUCUUUAAUUUACCUGACGCUGCGUACGCUGUGAAUUCUCAGAGACUAAAAAGUACAUGGUUGUUGAAAAUAAAGUCCGUGGAAGCGUUAAUAAAAACCAAUGCAAUUGCUAUAAAUUCUAGUUCUUGGAUGAAACUGCCCGAAUAUGAAAGGCUUCCCUAUCUGAUGCGAGCUAUAAGGCUAAAGUGCGAAGAUGACUCGUUCUUAAUAAAAUGAAAUAUUUUAUAAUCAACAUAGAAAAUAUGUUAUGUAGGAUUCUCAUCGAAUAUAGGUAUAUUCGACCAAGAAUGAUGUAUUUUGAGCGAUACAAACACGGACGAAUGUUUAUUAACUAUUAAUGUACAGCUGUACAAACAAUUGAACUUAUAUAUAUGUAAUAAAAUUAUUCGUUUAUGAGAAAAUAAAGAGAAUAUAAGAUAA